GCCCCGGAUGGACAAAAAUCAAUUCUCCACCAGAGGAAAAAAUAGGCUACACGGUGGAGGUGAAAUCUGGAGAAGAGGAUGAAGAAAUUCUCUUCAAAGAGAGGGCAAAACUCUAUCGAUGGGACAGAGAAGUCAAUCAGUGGAAAGAGCGUGGAGUUGGAGAGAUAAAAAUUCUCUUCCAUACACAGAAGAAAUAUUACAGAAUUUUAAUGAGAAGGGACCAAGUUCUCAAAGUGUGUGCAAAUCAUGUAAUCACAAAAACAAUGAAUUUAAAGCCCUUGAAUACAUCAAACAAUGCGUUAGUAUGGACUGCCACAGAUUAUGCUGAUGGUGAAGCAAAAGUAGAACAACUUGCAGUUCGAUUUAAAAGCCAAGAAAUGGCCGAUUCCUUCAAGAGGAGAUUUGAAGAAUGCCAACAAAAUUUGUCAGAACUUCAGAGAGCACAUGUAUCCUUGGCAGCAGAACUGUCAAAGGAAACCAACCCUGUAGUGUAUUUUGAGGUUUCUGCUGACGAUGAACCUUUAGGACACAUAACCAUGGAACUAUUUUCAAAUAUUGUUCCUCGAACUGCUGAAAAUUUCAGGGCCCUGUGCACAGGGGAAAAAGGAUUUGGAUUCAAGAACUCUAUAUUUCACAGAAUAGUUCCUGACUUUGUGUGUCAGGGAGGAGAUAUCACUAGGCAUGAUGGAACAGGUGGACGGUCCAUUUAUGGAGAUGCAUUUGAGGAUGAGAACUUUGAAGUGAAACACACUGGUCCUGGAUUACUGUCGAUGGCAAAUCGUGGCCGGGACACCAAUAAUUCUCAGUUUUUUAUCACUCUUAAAAAAGCAGAACACCUGGACUUUAAACAUGUGGUAUUUGGGUUUGUGAAGGAUGGCAUGGAUGUUGUGAAAAAAAUGGAAUCUUUUGGUUCUCCCAAAGGGUUGGUGAAUAGAAUUGUCAUCACAGACUGUGGGCAAAUAUAAUGUCUAAGUAGUGAUUCUACAGAUAUGUGCACUAACAGCAUAAAUCAAAGUUGGGCUGUUGU